CAUGCAGGUUUCUACAUCUCACAAACCCUGUGUCCCAAUAACUUUUGAACCCUCCUCUCUCACCUUUAGAUAACUGCCACGUGAUUUCAGGUUCCAUACUGCCCCUUGAACUCUCUCUUCUGAUCAUCGUUGGUUCAUCAAUCAUCAAAUUAAAAAUGGAUUAAAAAGAACUUUCUCGGUUUUCCUGAAAGAAGAACCUUUGUGACUUUGUCCAUUUCUGCACUGCCGAAAAUCGUUUCAAAAUUGAACAAGAAAAGAAGGAAGCUUCUCUUGCCAACAAGUUAUUCCACUCCCUCUCCUUGAAUAAGGACACCCACCAGAUGAAUCUUCUUGUUCUGUUCCUGCCUAUUUGGGUGUUAAGCAUUUCUUUUUCCUCACCAACUCUUCUUGCUGCUUCCUCCAUUUCUCUUUCUCAAAAUGCACAAGCUGAAUCUCCAGGAAUUCAGGAGGUUAGAACAGUGCAUCACCAGAAUUUGAAUAAGAGAAUUCUAAUCGCACUAGUUGCUUGUUCUACUCUUCUUGGUGGAGUCUUCCUAUUCUUGUUAUAUGUCUGGUUCCGUCGACAUAAAAACUUAAGAUGCUCCAAAAGUAUAAGCCAAGAAACCAUUGAGACUGCAAAAGGGGAAACCAUAAGCUCGGUUAAUGCUAAACUGAACUACUCUAGGAUGGCAGAUAAAAGGAGUUCAGUUGCCAUUUUUGACUAUCAGCUGUUAGAGGCUGCAACAAACAGCUUUAGCACAAGUAAUAUUAUGGGUGAGAGUGGUUCUAGAAUUGUUUACAGAGCUCGUUUUGAUGAACAUUUCCAGGCAGCUGUGAAGAAAGCAGAGAGUGAUGCUGAUAGAGAAUUUGAGUUAUUGCACCCAAAAUUGCAGAAUGAAGUGAGUUGGUUGAGCAAGAUAAGGCAUCAAAAUAUCAUAAAACUUAUGGGUUAUUGUAUUCAUGGUGAAUCGAGGUUUCUUGUUUAUGAAUUGAUGGAGAAUGGAUCUCUGGAAACUCAAUUGCAUGGGCCUAAUUGGGGGUCAUCUUUAACUUGGCAUCUCAGGUUAAGAAUUGCUGUUGACGUUGCCAGAGCAUUAGAAUAUCUCCACGAGCACAACAAUCCUCCUGUGGUUCAUAGAGACUUAAAAUGCUCUAAUGUUCUUCUGGAUUCUAACUUUAAUGCCAAGUUAUCAGAUUUUGGAUUUGCUGUGGUUUCGGGAAUGCAACACAAGAACAUUAAGAUGUCAGGAACUUUAGGAUAUGUGGCUCCUGAGUACAUAUCACAUGGUAAACUAACUGAUAAGAGCGAUGUCUAUGCUUUUGGGGUUGUCCUUCUAGAACUCCUAACCGGGAAAAAACCCAUGGAGAACAUGACCUCGAACCAAUAUCAAUCCCUUGUAUCAUGGGCCAUGCCUCAGCUAACCGACAGAUCCAAGCUUCCUAGUAUUCUGGAUCCUGUUAUCAGAGACACAAUGGACUUGAAGCAUUUGUAUCAGGUUGCUGCAGUGACUGUACUCUGCGUGCAAUCAGAACCAAGUUAUAGGCCACUAAUAACAGAUGUGUUACACUCUCUUAUCCCUUUGGUACCCGUUGAGCUUGGAGGGUCACUUAGAGUUACUGAACCAAUCAGCUCAGAGAACUCUCAUUGAUAUUAAAAAAGGUUAAAUUAGUUUUUUUAGUCCUCAAAUUUAUUUUUUAGAUUCAAUUUUAUUCUCUGAUUUUUGGAUUCAAUUUGGUUAUUUAAUUUUUUAAAUCAAUUCAAUUUGGUUAUUUAAUCUACAUGGUAAGAAAUCACCAUUUGUAACGGUUCAAAAAUCGUUACUAAGUGGUUUUAAACCGAAGACAUAUUUUCCAAAGAAACUAGAGACCAAAUUGAAUUAAUUUUAAAAAUUAGAUAACCAAAUUGAAUAAAAAAAAACUAGAGACCAAAUUGAAUUAAUUUUAAAAAUUAGAGGAUCAAAUCAAACUUAAAUAAUAAAUUAGAGGACUAAAAGAUUAAUUUAACCUUUUGAAAAAUUGUGUUUUCAUUUUUCUAACUAUGGUAUUUGUGCACUUUAUUAACAUGUUAUUAUUGUAAUUAUUACAAAGAGCCAAAGAGGAUUAUCCAAUUGUAAUUAUUCAUGAUUGCGAUUUGGUUCUUCUUUUAGUCGUAAAUCAUGGUGAUAUUACCAUCUUUACAAGCUAUGAGGACACUCUCAAGAUUAAUUUGGUGGCUGUCUAGCUGAAAGAUGCUUUGUUUUGUGGGUAUUCAGGACAAAUGCAACUAUCAAUCAUUAAUUGUUUUUUUAAGACAAAAACAUAUCUACGGGGUUUUCAUCAUGAUUACUGCUUUUAGUCUUCUUUCAUGACAUUUGAACAUGAAAAUCAUGUUCAACCUUAUUGUAUAAGUUUACAGUUACAUGAUAGUGAGGAUACUAAAAAGCUGGAUAUUAUAUGGCUCAGUCUUAUACUAAAAAAAUAGGAGGCUUAUGGGUUACAUAGGUCUUAUUUUA